AUGAAGGUUUCUACAGCUAUUAUCAGCUUUGCCACGGCCGCGGCUGCACAUGGCGAUCAUGGCCACGACCAAGAGCCAAUGAGUGGCCCUCUCGAGAAGCUAUGGUACAAUACACUUCCUGGUGAUGGUGGAACCCAAGCCGACUCCAUCUUCUCUGGCAUAUCCACAUUCGGUCGUAUCAACUACCAGCCAUGCCUGACCACCGACGUGAACUAUGACAUUGCAUUCAUUGGCGCCCCCUUUGACACAGGCACAUCCUACCGCCCAGGCGCUCGAUUCGGCCCCAGUGGCAUUAGACAAGGUUCUCGCCGCCUUAACCUAUACGGCGGAUACAAUGUUCCCCUCAAGGCGAACCCUUUCAACUCAUGGGCAAAGGUUAUUGAUUGCGGAGAUAUUCCCGUCACUUCAUACGACAAUGCCUAUGCGCUCCAACAGAUUGAAGAGGGCCACAACCUUCUUCUCAGUCGUCCUCCUCACACUCAUGCCCACAAGCCUGGUCCUUCCAAGAAAGGCACUACUCUUCCUCGUCUGAUUACGCUUGGAGGUGACCACACCAUCACACUUCCGCUGCUUCGUUCGAUCAACCGUGCCUACGGCCCUGUCAGCGUUAUUCACUUCGACAGUCAUCUGGACACAUGGAAACCCAAGGUCUUUGGUGGCGCUCCUAGUGACCAAGCCGCAAUCAACCACGGCACCUACUUCUACCACGCUGCACAGGAAGGCCUCCUGGCCAAUGACACCAAUAUCCAUGCCGGCAUCCGCACGACGCUGUCUGGACCAUCUGACUAUGAAAACGAUGGUUACUGUGGUUUUGAGAUUGUUGAGGCUAGAGAGAUCGACAAGAUCGGUACCGAUGGUAUCAUCAAGAAGAUCAAGGACAGAGUCGGCACCGACAAGCCCGUAUACCUGAGUAUCGACAUUGAUACCCUUGACCCAGCCUUCGCACCGGCUACUGGCACACCAGAGACUGGCGGCUGGACCACUCGUGAACUCCGCACCAUUAUUCGCGGUCUUGAGGGCAUCAACCUCAUUGCGACAGAUAUUGUUGAGGUUGCCCCUGCGUAUGACACCAAUGCUGAGCUUACUACCAUGGCUGCUGCAGACGUGUUGUACGAGGUCAUGACUUUGAUGGUCAAGAAGGGACCUCUUAGCUACAUGGGCAAGCAGGAGUCCAUUGAGUUGUAA